AAAGUUUCAAUUUCUAUCUAACAAAAUUAGCAACCCUUAACACAUUUCUUGUUGAUAUGAAAUACAUUUUUGAAUAAAUAUAGCGGCAUUUAUUAUGUUAUCUUGACCGAACUAAAAAAUCAGGUUUUGAUACUUUUACCGGCUUUUACAAUUCCUUAUAUCUGUUUAAAUUAUAAUACUUUCUUGUUAAUUCCUGUAAACAUUUCUGCGGAUUUCAUCAACAGCAUUUAGUAUUUAAACCUUUUCGGCAUUCUCCGGCUAUCCAAAUGUCACAAACAUUGACAGGUUAAAAUAAAAACAAGAAAUGGUUGCUAGUUGUCAGUGAUCGAAAAAAGUGUAAGAUGGCCGAUGACAUCUGAACGAUAAUAACGCAAUAAUCACGAAAUUUUUACCUGCUGCACUUACGAAAUUGGAGCCUUUGUUAAUUUCAUCCUAGACAAGCGACAGACCUCGACAGAAUCGCCACGAAUCAAAAUGCGGACGAUGUGUAAUUUAUAAUUGCGUUCCCGUGCGUUGUUGUUAUUGGACCAUUAAAUUAUUGCUAUCGUUGCUAACAUCUACGCGAUGCCCGUUAAGAAAUUCGCGCAACGUUAUCGAUAACCUUACUAUUAUGUUAAGCAUAUCAGAUAAUUAAACUUGCCUACAAUCUAGAAAUAAAUUUAUCAUGGGGAAGAGGCAUCUAGUUGAUUCCUAUGAAUUAGAGCCACCAAGGAAGAGGGCAGCAACAAAUUGUGAUAUUGAGCCUGGUGAUAUUUUGUGUGAUAUCACUGGGAAACAAUGGAGAUUGGGACAGUUAUUAGGUUCAGGUGCCUUUGGAGAGAUUUAUGUUGCCUCAGAUUGUAACUUAGGAGUUGUGCCUGAAAACAGCCCCUAUGUUGCUAAAUUAGAGCUGCAUACAAAUGGGCCACUCUUUAUUGAGACACAUUUUUAUCUGAAAGUUGCUAAAGAAAAUCAAAUCAAGGAAUGGAAACGGAAGAAUAGGAAAACUAUAGGAAUGCCACAUUACAUUGCAUCAGGAUCACAUACAAAGUUAACAACUCGUUACCGGUUUUUAAUCCUUCCUCGUUACAACGUAGAUCUGCAACAAAUCCUGGAACGUCACGGAAACAAGUUCAACAUUAAGACUGUACUCACAAUUGCAUUGCAAUUAUUAGAUACCCUGGAAUACAUCCACGCCUAUGGCAUUGUGCAUGCUGAUAUCAAAGCCUCAAAUAUACUAAUCAAUGAAAAAACAGUUCCUCCAAACACAAACAAAUUUUCAUCUGAACAACCGCCAAAUAAGCCUACUGAUGAGAAUUGUAGGAUUGCCAGGCACUUCAGAUUAUGCAGAUUAAAGAAAAAACCGCAUAAUUUACGCUCCAGCAAAAUUCUUCCUUAUAGGGUUGAACCCCUGCCGACAGAGCGCGACCCAGCCCCCAUCGAGCAAAAUCAAAAUAUAGAUCCUAAUCAAGUGUAUCUUCUGGACUUUGGAUUAUCAUGCAAAUAUCUGCAAUCUAAUGGCGAGCACAAAAAGUAUUGCGUGGACGCCCGAAAGGCGCACGCUGGUACGAUUCUAUAUUGUUCUUUAGAUGCGCACAACGGAGUGCAAUCACGACGCUCAGAUUUGGAAAGUUUAGGAUAUAAUAUGGUACAUUGGCUUACGGGUGUGCUGCCGUGGAUGACCAAUGUUGACGAAUACGAAAUCGUGAAGAAAAAGAAACAGAUUUGUAUGCAAGAACUAGAACACUUCUUACAUUUUUGUUUCGGUAAGAAUAUUCCAACUUUUUUGAAGAAGUUUUUUAUGCAUGUUAAGUCUUUAAACUUCGACGAAAAACCCGACUAUGAGUAUUGCCGCAAGAUCUUCCUACAAGGCUUUAAUGAGUAUGGCUACAAAAAAGUAUUCGUCUUAGACUUUAUGAACAAAGAGGGCUGGGGCUUGAAGAAGAAGCUCAGUAAAAAUACUGAAAACGAUCGGCGACGGGCGUCGGUAGUGUGUUCGAUUAUGCGCACACCUUUGAAGUCAAAUGUUGCUGUAAAGCAUGUAUUACGCAAGAAGGACAAAGCCAAAGCAGUGAUGCGAUGGUCGAAGAUUUUGUUCGAUCCGGAGAUGAUUAUAAAGUCUGGCAAGCGUGUGAAGGAACUGGAAGAGAAUGAUAACAGUGACGCACUGGCUAACUUAAACAUUCAGGAGUUGAAUCCUACUGACACGAUGUUAGAAGUUUAUAAUAAUUAUUUGGAACGACAAAAGAAUUUCGAGCUAGGAUUACCUACCAAACAAAGAAGCAAUGAAACUCCGGCGAUUGAGGGUUACAAUGCGACAAUGAUGCGGAUUUAUAAGAAAAUCUUACAACGUGAGGUUGAAGCUGUCAAAACAACAAAACCACCAAAAGUUAAAAGGACUGCAGGCAAACACGGAAAGAUUUCAAAAGUUGCUUCGGUUAAUCACGGAUACAAUAUGUCGAUGAUGACGAUCCAUGACAAAAAUGGAGCUGAGAUGAUUAAAAAACCAACGCAAGCCAAAAGGAAAAGAAGUAAAGCUGCCGAAAAAGUUGUGAUAGCUACUCCUGUGACACAAGUGACGCCAGCGGUUCCUGUGAAGAGAUACAACACGAGACAUUCAAAAAGAACAAAAGUAAACUGCGCAUGUUAACAGAAUGAAAUUAUAUAAUGUAUAAACACUUCCUAUUUGUAGUACUUCAAUGUUGAAUGAUUGUUUAAUUUUUUUAAUCAUAGCAUGAAUACAAUUAUGAUAAACACUAAGAUAUUGUGUUGAAUGUUGAAAGACUGCAUUGGCUGUAAAUUGAAAUGAUUAAAUCCUGGGUGAAUUCUACUAA